AUGGCUUCCGAUACUGUUAGCAGCACCGUCAUGAGCGAUGUUUUCACCAAACCAGCCAUUUCACCUAGCAGAGCCUACGUAACGUUCUUGGCAGGGAACGGAGACUACAUAAAAGGCGCUGUGGGUCUGGCCAAGGGGCUUAGGAAGGUGAAGAGCGCUUAUCCGCUCGUGGUGGCCGUCCUCCCUGACGUUCCGGCAGAGCAUCGUCAGAUUCUCGAGUCCCAGGGCUGCAUCGUCAGAGAGAUAGAGCCGGUGUAUCCACCUGAGAAUCAAACUCAAUUCGCCAUGGCUUAUUACGUCAUCAACUACUCCAAACUCCGUAUCUGGAAGUUCGUGGAGUACACCAAGAUGGUAUACUUGGACGCGGACAUCCAAGUAUACGAGAACAUAGAUCACCUUUUCGAUCUUCAAAAUGGAUACUUUUACGCUGUGAUGGAUUGUUUCUGCGAGAAGACAUGGAGCCACACAUCGCAGUACAAGAUCGGGUACUGCCAGCAGUGUCCGGACAAGGUCAAGUGGCCCGCCGAGAUGGGCCCACCACCUGCCCUUUACUUCAACGCCGGCAUGUUUGUGUUCGAUCCCAGCCUCUCCACCUGCGACGACCUCUUGAAGAAACUUCAGGUCACACCUCCCACUGCUUUUGCAGAGCAGGACUACCUCAACAUGUUCUUCAAAGACAUCUACAUGCCCAUCCCUCCAGUCUAUAAUCUGGUCUUGGCCAUGUUAUGGAGUCACCCGGAGAAUGUCGAUUUGGAGAAUAUGAAAGUCAUCCAUUACUGUGCUGCGGGAUCAAAGCCUUGGAGGUACACGGGUAAGGAAGAGAACAUGGACAGAGAUGACAUAAAGAUGCUGGUGAAGAAGUGGUGGGAUAUUUACAACGACGAAGCUCUGGAUUACAAGAAGCCGGCAGAAGGCGAGAUCCGGCAGCCGCUCGUGGCGGAUUUGUCGGAUGUUGGCGUUGUGAACUACAUUAAGGCGCCAUCGGCUGCUUAGGUUAGGGAUAUUUUGGGUAUUAAUCAGG